GUUUCCGGGGCAUGGGACAAGGAAGGAGGCGGGCAAGGCAAGCGCACGUAAGAAUAAUGAGAAGGACCCUGAACGUAGGGUCAUUGCCCUGGCUGAAAACUCAGGAUGGCUCCACUGAAGUUGUGUGCGAAUAUUUCGUGGCUGUUCACGGAGCUCCCAGACUUCAGUCAGAGAAUAUAUGCGGCUGCCUCGGCUGGCUUUCAGGCGGUGGAGGCAGCCUGGCUCUACGACUCCGACCUGCAGGAGCUUCAGAGAGCCAGAGAGGCUACAGGAGUGGAGGUAGUCCUCAUCAACACCCCGCCUGGAAAUACUAAGAAGGGUGAACUUGGUCUGGGAGCAGUCCCAGGCAGAGAGGCAGAGUUCAGACAGGGUCUGGAUCAGGCUCUGAAGUAUGCCAGAGCUUUGAACUGUACAAGGAUCCACCUGAUGGCAGGGAGGGUUCCUGGGGGCUCACACAGAACAGCGGUUGCCAAGGAGAUGGAAUCCAUCUUUGUGCAGAAUCUAAACUAUGCUGCUGAUAUCCUAUCAAAGGAGGGAAUCACUGGUUUGAUUGAACCAAUCAACACAAGGAUUACAGAUCCCAGGUAUUUUCUGGACUCCCCUCAUCAGGCUGCCGCAAUACUAGAGAAGGUUGGAAAGCCAAAUAUAAAGCUGCAAAUGGAUGUCUUUCAUUGGCAAAUAAUGGAUGGAAACCUGACACAAAACAUACACAAGUAUUUUCCCAUAAUUGGUCAUGUUCAGGUCGCACAGGUUCCAGGCAGGAAUGAGCCUGACAGUGCCGGAGAGCUCAACUACAGCUACCUGUUCAACAUGCUGGAAAACCUCGACUACCAGGGAUACAUAGGCUGUGAAUACAAGCCGCUAUGCUCCACAAAGGAGGGUCUGGGUUGGAUCAAAGAUUACUGCACACACAGCAAGUGGUGAGCACAGCUGUCUAGUCACAAAGCUGAAUUCCAGUGGCCAAUCAUACCCAUGCAAUUUAAAUCCAAGUAUGUGCUAUGAUGUAGGGACCUGUUAACCAAUUGUUAAAUGUUACCCCAAGAAAAGGGGGCUAGAGUGCUACAGUUUGUUGCAAUAACAUUCGACAUAGGUGAAGUGCCAAACAAAAUACAUUCAGCUUUGCUGUCGUUCAGGUGCAGAAAGUUUCAUGCCAGCCACUGCUUUACGUCAGUAAUACAAUCCAGUAACUUAUUAAAUGCAGUACUUUCAUUGGGUUUCAUGGGCAAAUAAAUCUGUAAAUCAUCUGCAUAAAAAUGGAAAGACA